UACGCGCCGGCGCCCCAGCGGCGCGGCCCGAGCCAUGGGGAAGAGCCGGGCGCGGAGGUUCCGCAGGGCCCCCCAUGGCCCCGCCGGACCCCAGCAGCGCCCCGAGGAGGAGGAGGGCGGCCCCGAGGAGGAGCCGGCCACCGAGCUGCUCAACCCCCCCCUCCAGCAUCCCAGUGCCGAGGUGAGAGAGUUUGCCUGUGCCAGCAUUUCCAAGCUGCUCCAGCAGAAGCAGGUGAUCCCAGCCUUUCUGCAGAGGGACGUGGUGCGGUGUUUGGGACCCUUGCUGAUGGACCACAGCUUGGCUGUUCGUGAGACAGCUGCAGGAGCUCUCCGGAAUCUGAGUGCUUGUGGAGGAUUUGAAGUCUGUGAUGACAUGGUGACAAAAGACAUCAUGACGCCCCUUGUCGCACUUCUGAAAGAGUGUAGCACUGGACUAGAUGCUAACCAGCUCUCUCCAAAGAAAUGCAGAGAGAUGAACAAAAAUUAUAUUGAAGACAUAGCCAACGAGGCUAUUAAUUUGCUGUGGAAUGUAUGUGAAUGCAACAAUACUGCAGUACACAUAUUCAAUAAAGAGGGAUGUCUGGAGGCUGUGUUACAUUACAUGAAGAAAUUUUCCACGAAUGUGGAUCUGGCUAUUUCAGUAGCGAACUGCUUGCAGGCGGUGACAGAAGAUAAUCCAGAUCUUCUUUCUUCAUUUAAUGCUUCUGCACAGCAAGUAUUGGAAACGGUGAUGUUGUGUCCAGAGAGCACCAUGAAGCAUAUCCUUCUGAGAACACUGAUCGCAGGCACUAUCUGGAAUAUCAAGGAUACCAUCCCACCAGGCAGCCUGGGAAGCAUGGUUAAUGCAAUCCUGAAGAUAUUUUCAGAAUCAUUAGCAAUAGAUGCUGGGGAAACGAUAAUUCGUAUGAAUGAAGCUGAAAAAAACAGGUUGAAACUUGCUGCGGAGUCAGAAACAGAGGAAAACAUGAGUGAUGUUAUUGACAACUGUGUUGUAAGUGAAGAUGACAUGGAAGAAAUACCAAAAGGAAAAGUCAGGAGAGAAAAUGACAUUUCAGAUCUACUUCCAUCUGAUAAGUGGGAGCUGAAAGAAGUGACAGCUUUACUGAUGGCUCAGCAGACUGCUCUGGAAAUCAUUGUUAAUAUGUGCUGCAGCGAAGAUCCCUCUGAUGACGAAUGGGAAGAACUCUCCAGCAGUGAUGAAAGUGACUUGUUUAUGGAAAACUCAUACAACGAAGGGAGUGGGCUGCUAAUGUCACCCCUGUGCCUCUCUGAUGAGGUUAACUCAGCAUUUCUGAACAACCUUAUUCCAAAGAAGAUUCUUGAAAAAACUGCUUUUCCGAACAGUGUUGCUCUAGACAUCUGUAUGCACAAUCCGUCUUGGAAACCAUUAAUUAAAAAACUGAACGCGGUGCAGUGCAGAGCUCUGACGUGUCUCCACAGCAUUUUGUUAGUGUCAGACGUGGAUUGUCUCGGAGGAGCUUCAGCACUUCAGUCCCUUGCACAGCAUCUCUCCCAGCUGGUCUUUUCUAAAAUGGAACUCCCUACAGACAUAGAAUUCCUGGAAGCCAUAACCAGCGCUUUGAGGGCUCUCCUACAAACAAUGGCAUCAAAGAACAUCUCCCAGUGUAUGACUCCUGAGCAGCUGUUGGCUUUAUGUGAAGCUGGUAUUCACAGCAGCAAUGCCAGUGUUAGAGUGAACGUAGUGAGCAUCCUUGGAAUUUCUGGCAGCGUCCUGGCAAAAGGGCAAGACACAGCUGAGACACUAAAGAUGAUUGGAAAAUUUCUUCUUGAGGUUGCUAUGAAGGAAUCUUCUCUUGUGGUAGCAGGGGAAGCCUUGGAUGCACUUUUUGAUGUAUUUGCAGACGGUAAAGAAGCAGAAAAGGCAGCAGUACAGAUCAAGUUGCUUCCAGCACUGAAAGAAUUUCAGCCAGUGUUCAAAAUGAGGAUACGAAAAGAAGGCAAAGGACAAUAUAGUACAGAUCAGCUGUGUGUUCUUGACAAUGUGAAGAUGAAUUUGAGAAGAUUCAUUGCAUAUCAGGAGACACUAGGGAAAACCUCAACUUGAAACAUCGAGGGACUUCAAGGUUUCCCUUAUUGAAUAAUGUUUUCUGAAAAAUAUAUCCAUUUUGAACUUCUAAAAUUUAUUGAGCAGAGCGGUUUUGCUUUCAUGUUAAUACUGCAUUUUUUUUACGUUCAGUAUUUUUAUACUUCUGGGUUGAUGCAAUAUGAAAGUCACAUCAGUGUAAAAAAAAAGGGCACACUUGGAGGUGAAGUGUCAGCAGCAAUAAGAACGUGCUCUUGCAGUCCUGAGGUCUGCAUGUAGCACCAUUGCCAGCGUUUAGAAAUCCUCACCUACCCUGGCGGAGACCUGUAAUGGCACAAAAAAGUAAUUUAGAGAAUAUUCUCGGUUAUGUGCCAGAUCAAGAAAUAAAUUUUAAAAGCUGGAGAUACUUUUCGGGGGAUUGAGAAGUGACGGAAUGUUCAUAUUUGCUCUUAACCUAUUUCUAGAAUGGCACAGGCACUUAUGGCAAGCUUCCCAAGAGAAGUGUGUGACAAGUGUGUAGAUUACUGUCACCACUCGGAUCUGUUACUUCAUGAGGCUUAUCAAAAACUGUUGCAGAUUCAUUUAAGAUAACUUCAGUAUGAUAGCUUUGUGCUGUGGAAAUCAGUGUAAGAGGAUCCUACGCUUAUACGCGGGCUCUCCUUUUUUUUACUUGAUUUUGACUGGUAUUCUGAAGAUCGAGUCUCCUGAUUUACUUUCUUCCUUGUAAUUCUGCAUCAAGAUGAAUUUGAAUUCAAGGAAGGAGUAAAUCUAAUAAAAAGGUAUUUUUUUUUUAUACUGAGGGUUUACCUAAAGUAACUUUAUAACUGCUUAAAAUAUCUUUUUCAAAUAAUUGUGACAGAGAUUUUUAAGCUGUAAAAUACAGAAACUAUUUUCAAAAAAUGUCACAGGCUCAUGAAAAUCGUAUGUGAACUUCUACAUAUCAAGAGCUUUGGUUUUGUUUCUGUGAAUGAGAUCUUCUCAUAUGCAUUUUUUUUUUUAAGGGGAAAAACCACAACCCACAACCAAACACAAAAGCAUUUUUUUACACUGAUUUUUGAAAUGGGACUUCCCCCCCCCCCCGCCUUAACGUGGUGCCUUAACACAGGGCAUCUAGUUUUUGGCAAAAUUAGGCAUAGAACUACAAUGUCCAAAUUUGCUCGGUUUGUUAGAUUUCAGUCUGUUAGAUUGGAAAGCAGGCUCAGGAACUGCCCGGAGAACUUGCAAAUGGCUGACUUUAUGAAAUCCUGGAGUCCGAUAUUUUGUCAAAUGCAAGAGAAAGUGACAAAUGAGUUUAAGCAGCCGUCCUGCCUGGGAGUCCUGCUGUUGCUUUGCAGGAGUUGGAUGCAGCCUGUGCUGUGAUGGAAUGAGCGAGUGGAAGUGUGGGGCUGGGAUGGCUCCAGGGCCAUCGAGCCUGGCCUGGAGAAGUCCUGAGGAGCACAGAGAGGCUGAAAGGUUGUCCUGGGAUUUGGCAGGGGCUGGCAGCGAAGAGGGCUGGAGUGUAACAAGUGAGGAAAGAGUAGCUAGGUGGGUUAUGGCAUAAGACUGGCACAGAUUUUAAUCCCAGUGAUAGUUAUACUUGCUGUACAUGGAGAACAGUGUAACAUUAGCUUGAUAAAAGCCAUUAAUAUUUGGAGCACUUAAAAGGACUUCCACGUGGAAAGUCCUGAUGUCAUUUUCUGGGCGCUACAUUGAAUUGUGGGAUGAUGUAGGUUGGAAAGGAUCUCUGGAGGGCUCUGCAGUCCCCUGCUCUGCUUAAAGCAGGACAUGGAGUCAGGUGGGUUGUGCGAGGCCUUGAGCGUCUCCAGGGAUGGAAAUCCCACAGCUCUGGGCAGCCUGUUCCAGUGUUUGACUGACCUCACUCUGAACACUUUUUUCUUUUCCCCCAUGUAGCUAGUGGGGCUUCUCCCUGCUGCAAAAUGCACCCCUUGUCCUUUGCACACCACCAAGAAGAGUCUGCCUCCCUCUCCUCUUACAAGCUCCAUUUGGUAGUGGAAAACAACAGUUAAUUCCCCUCUUCUCCAGGCCAAAUAAACCUGGCUCCCUCAGCUCUGAAAGUUGCAGAUAAAUAUAUAGAAGGUAGGGCAUCCACUAGAAAACCUGGUUUUCUUAAUAUAAUUUAUAAGACCCUGUUUUUUUCCUUCAAGUGAAAAGACAGAUUGUCAUUUAGACAAUGUCUUAAGACUAUUCCAGCAGUAGGAAUGCAUGGAUUGUUUUUGCUAUGCGCUAAUAAAUUGAAUCUCUUAAAAAAAAAUAAUAUCAUUUAUGUCGUAAUAAGAUACAUGCAGAGUAUGAACCGUACUGCUUGCAGAAGUAUAUGAUUUUUAGUGCUUAAAAUAUUUGCUUUUAUCUUCUGGUACACAUGCCAGCUAAUAGCUGAAAGAGAAAUGAGGACAUGCAAAGGUAUUUUGGUUUCUUGUGAGUUUGUAUUACAACAUAAAAAACCUAAAAUCAUCCCUUCACCUUUGUUUCUUCUGAGGAGAUGGGAGCACUUUGGUGGGCCUGUUUGGCUGAGGGCACGAAUCAGUGAUGAGCUGGUGGCUCUGUCUCCAGCUCACCAGAUACGUUUGGGUUGGUGGAGGGGUAAGCUGUAGCUCUUGGGAGAAGUUCUUGUUGUUUUGGUAACCUCAUUGCUAAUAUUAAUGAUGGUUUUACUUCCUAACACCCCAUGUUGUAUUGCCCUUACCAGUAGCCCAUAGCAAAAUGGAGCCCUCGUCUUCCUUUGGGGUUUCUAUGUUAUAUACUUAGAACAAUUGGCUGUCUAUGUAUUUUGAUGUCCAUACUUUUAUUUCUCUGAAUGAGAAAAAUCUUACUCCACCACCCGCCCAGCUACCAGUUUAGUGCAACUUGCUCUUGGUGUCUAAUGGGGGGCUUGUGGCUGAGUGAGAGGUAAUAAUUUUGUAUGUUAAUUUUAGAGAGGGUAUUCUGCUUGUAAGGGACAAGAUACAAGGUAAUAGGAAAAACAUGGAAGAUUUCUGAAGACUUUUGUCUGUGGAAGACAAGGCAAGUUAUCAGUGACUUAAAGAAGGGUCAGAUCAGGGUCUAAACCCAGAUGAGAUUUUUAAGUGCAGAAGAGCUAGGCUGUAAGAUUUGAGCUAUAAAAGCUGUUCUGACACAGUUAAAGAAAAUCAAGGCAACAGCAGAAGUGAUGAUGUGGUGCAGAUUAAAUGCUUUGGGGGCUCUUUGGGCACUAGUUUAUUUAAAUAGGUUUCGGGUAAGCGUGAGACCAAGGCAAGAUCCUUGACAUCCUACAAAGGCAAAGCCAGAUCUUGACACUUGGAGGGUGGCAGAAGUUGGACUGAUGCAGACAGCGUGCAGCGUAAGUAGAUAUAAGUGAUCUUCAUCGGUUGGUGUCAUCACACAGAUAAGGCUGGUAUCAAAACAGGUAUCUGAAGCCCAAUUUGUUUGCUUACCCUGGUCCCUGAGGCAUCGUCUGUCUGUGCUUCAAUUAAAAACGGCAAUCCUUUGAAAGUAGGGAUUGCUGCCGCUUCUGUCUCCCUCUCUGACACCGAGCACAGCAGAACCUGGCUCCCAGUGGAGGUUUUGGAUUGAAGUCGGUCUGUGGCAUUAACUGAGAGUGUCAAGAGGGCUGUGUGCUCCCUGCCCUGCUCCCAAGCUGUAACACCAGUGACAUUCGCUGCUGCUUCGCCCUCUCGGCAGCUUGAAAAAUACUGAAUCCCCAACUGCAGAUAAGGAGUUCUCAUCGCUACGUGGUUUUAUUUUUGCUCUCUUAUGAAAAGAAACAAGUUUUAAAUAAGUGUUUGUUGUGAAAUACUUCUUACACGUCAUGCCUUGGCAUUCAGGAGAUGGCCGUAUACCACAUUAUAGCCAAUCCUUUAACUAUUUGGGGUUUGUGGUGAGUGUUGAAGGUAUUUUUUUACCAUAUUUUUAAAAUUUUUUUAAAGAUUGUCAUUGUAGAGGAACUAGAAUAACUUCAACCAGUACCACUUGGCUUGUUUUUGCAUUUGUAUUUUGAGAGAAAAUAUAAAAAGAAUCAAAGCACAGUAAAACUACAAAAUGAGAA